UCUGCAUUUCCUUGCCAGAAAAACCUUUCACUGGCGGCAAGCUCCUUCUCUGCUCUGGGCAGAAAUUGAUUUUUCAGUUCGUAAAAUGCUUGGAAGGAGCGGGACGUGGUAUUGAGUUGCGUCACUGCUGUUCUUUUCGCCGGCUUCUUUCAGUUCUGGACAGUCUCGAAAGGCUUUAAAUGGCAUCGGAUGUUCCCUCCUUGGGCUGUGCUUCAGGGACGCCUGGACCCAGCACGCAUUCCGGAGGAGGCAUCGUCCAGAGAACGAACAAGCGGAAGACAGGGCUCGAUUUUGAUGACGAUGGUGAAGGGAACAGUAAAUUUCUCAGAUGCGAUGAUGACCAGCUCCCGAACGACAAGGAGAGAUUCGCUAGGUCUGAUGAUGAGCAGAGUUCAGCGGAUAAGGAAAGACUGGCCAGGGAGAACCACAGCGAGAUUGAGCGCCGGCGGAGGAACAAGAUGACGGCCUACAUCACAGAGCUUUCGGACAUGGUGCCCACCUGCAGCGCCUUGGCCCGCAAGCCGGACAAGCUCACCAUCCUGCGCAUGGCCGUCUCGCACAUGAAGUCCCUCCGGGGCACUGGGAACACCUCCACCGACGGCACCUACAAGCCUUCCUUCCUCACCGACCAGGAGCUCAAGCACUUGAUCCUGGAGGCGGCCGACGGUUUUCUCUUCAUCGUGUCCUGCGAGACCGGCCGGGUGGUCUACGUCUCCGACUCGGUGACGCCCGUCCUGAACCAGCCCCAGUCCCAGUGGUUCGGCAGCACACUCUACGACCAGGUGCACCCCGACGACAUGGACAAGCUGCGGGAACAGCUGUCCACGGCAGAGAACGCCCUCACGGGCCGCAUCCUUGAUCUGAAGACUGGAACCGUCAAGAAGGAAGGUCAGCAAUCCAUGCGGAUGUGCAUGGGCUCCCGGAGGUCCUUCAUCUGCCGAAUGAGAUGCGGCAACACCACGGUGGAUCCCGUCUCCAUGAACCGCCUCAGCUUUAUGAGAAGCAGAUCCCGGAACGGGUUGGGUGCCAUGAAGGACGGCGAGCCUUGUUUUGUUGUGGUCCACUGUACAGGCUACAUAAAAGCCUGGCCGCCAGCAGGGGUUUCGCUGCCAGAUGACGACCCGGAUGCUGGUCAGGGGAGCAAGUUUUGCCUGGUGGCGAUCGGCAGGCUGCAGGUCACAAGUUCACCCAGCUGCGUGGAUAUGAACACCGUGUGCCAGCCGACCGAGUUCAUCUCCCGCCACAACACUGAUGGGCUCUUCACCUUCGUCGACCACCGCUGCGUGGCCACAGUCGGCUACCAGCCACAGGAACUCCUGGGGAAGGACAUAGUGGAAUUCUGCCACCCAGAAGACCAGCAGCUUUUGAGGGACAGCUUCCAGCAGGUAACAGCCACCGGCCGUGCUUUGCUGGGACUGAUGGGAGUUGGAGCCCAUCGCCGUCCGGAGGGCCGAAGGUUCCCCAGCGCCCGACUUGGAUCGAUCUCUUUGUCUGCCUCUUCUUGUUUCCAGGUGGUGAAGUUAAAAGGCCAAGUUCUGUCUGUCAUGUUCCGUUUCCGGUCCAAGAACCGAGAAUGGCUCUGGAUGAGAACUAGCUCCUUCACCUUCCAGAACCCCUACUCGGAUGAGAUAGAGUACAUCAUCUGUACCAACACCCACGUGAAGAAUGCCAGCCAGGACUCACGGCCUGCAUUGUCCAACCCGAUGCAGAGGCCCCAGCUGGGCCCAAAUGCCGGCCUGCCUUUGGAGAUGAGUCCAGGACAGCUGCCGACCAGGCAGCCGCCAACACAGCCGACGGAAGUUGAUGUGGUCCCUGGAAGGGAGAGUUUGGCCAGUUACGACCACGCGCAGGCUGCUGUCCAACCGGUGACCACCGCUGGCUCGGACCACUGCAAACCUGUUGAGAAAACAGAGAACCUGUUUGGUCAGGAUCGGGACCCUCGUUUCAGCGAAAUCUACAGUGGGAUCAGCCCAGACCAGACAAAGGCUGUGCCCGCCACCGCCGUGCCCGCCAGCCAGUCUCUCUUCUCCCAGGGAAACGGUUUUGUCGCUCCACGUCCCACCGAGAACUUCAGGAGCAGCACAAUGGGUCCACCCGUGAACGUCAUUCAGCAGCAGUUGCCCCCAGCGCCGCACUCUACAUCAGCAGGCCAGAUGCUGGCCCAGAUCUCUCGCCACUCCAAUCCCGAUCAGGUCUCUGGGACCACCUGGGCUUCCGGGACGACACGGCCGCCUUUCACAGCCCAACAAGCGGCUUCCCAGGCUGUUAAGCCUCGACCUCCUUCCUUUGCCAUGGGCGCUUUCCAGGGCACGCCGUCCUCCUUCAGCGCCAUGGCAACUCCCGGCUCCACGGCUUUGCCAGGCAGGGCCGCCUACCCGAGCCUCACCAGCCGGAACGCCAGCUUUGCAGCCGGAGAGAGUGGGCAGACCGCAGCUGCGUUCCAAGCCCGGACAGCAGAGGGGGUUGGCGUUUGGUCACAGUGGCAGGGUCAGCACCACGGACAGAGCUCAGGUGAAGCACACACCCAGCAGCAGCAGCCAAACCAGCCAGAAGUCUUCCCGGACAUGUUAUCCAUGCUGGGAGAACAGGGAGCCAGCUACAACAAUGAAGAAUUUCCCGAGUUGAAUAUGUUCCCUCCCUUUUCGGAAUAAGGACGGAAACCGAUCCGUGCAGACGACGCAGUUUUCUGUGUAGCUACGUGGAAAGGGAGGAGCGAAGGGGCUUGCUCUCUGUCUCUUUCUUCAGUUCUUUCAAAGACUGCCGACGGGAAGCAGAAGCGUCCGGCGAGAGCUUGCAAAUGGAGGCCGGCUCGUUGCCAACAUGGGCAGAGUCUCCGGCGAGGCCAUGCUGCUGGUCCCCCUCCCAAGCCUGCCGUGGAACUGGUUGCAUUUUGGAAGGCUCCAAGUGCAAGUUUAGAAGCAGUCAUUUGGUGGGGAGGGCUCCCCCGCACCUGGCGGGCGUGGAAAUGCUCCGAGUGCGAUCAUCAGGAAUUUUUUAAAAGCUCAGCGGAUUUUUUUUAAAAAAAGACAGUCUAUGCCAUAAUCUUUUAUACAUAUAUAUAUAUAUAUCAAAAUUGUAUUCUUGUUUAGACAUUGUCAGGGAAAGGGGAUAGGAUGUGUACCCCAAAUAAUGCAAAACCUUAUGUAACUCUGUCACCUGUGAACACUGAGGCAUCUUUAGGAACUUGUCGCCACACAAGUAGCUCUUUCACUGGUGCGCAUGCGCAUCCACACUCAUGUGCAGAGUCUUGCAUGUAGCUCCCUCAAGCAGUGUUAAUGAAAUGGAGUGGGGGAGUAUGCCAUCCAGCCCAGCCGCCCCACACACACACAACCCCCACCCCUGGCUUGCCCUGUGGGGCUAGCACCUUGAGAAGGGGCCUCCUAUUGCCAGUGGCAACCAAUCCCAGCCCCUCUGCCAGGACCCUCCUGCUGUGUGUGUGUCCUGGAACUGGAGCAACAAGGAAGGCUGUGGGAUGGGGUGGGGGAGAGGCAUCGAGGCAGGCCAUGGUUGGCCAAGCAAGACUUUGCCCAGCCUAGUGCUCCCGAAGGAAGCCUGUUGAUCCCUCCGUUAUGUAGAAACUCAAACGAGCAAGGAAGAGACUUCUGCAUCCCUUCUCGGUUCUCCCCCACCCCUCCCCAGAUGACGAGUCUCAAGCUGCCAACCUUUUAUGGGAAGCCAGUUUCACUGGGAUGCCCCUCCCUGUUUCCUUCCGUAGCCUGUGCAAUUAAAGUGGGCCUUGCUAAUUAGCAACGGCCUCUUCCUCUCCUCUCCUCGCCUCUCUUUUUAAGCCUUUUAACAUUUUCUUUCUCGUAUAUGCUUAAAGACCCGGAGGGGGGAGGGGAAAGUAUAAGCCAUUAAAAAAAAGGCAGCACAGAAAGCUUUUUGUGUUGUUGGACAUUGCUAAGUUCGUGUGGAUUUCUUUAAGUGUCCCUCACAGUCUGUAAUGUGAAAUAGACGGGGGCGUGAUCGUUUCUUUGGACGCACAUGCACCCGAGCAUGCCCACACACAUACACGCAUGCAGAAACAGCGGAUUUAAUUUAAGCAGAUUGCCUGUGUUCCUGGAGUGCAUGUUGAGCCUUCCCUCCUCCCUUCAGUGUGGGACGAAAAGACACACACGCCCCUCUUUGCCCCAAUCUGGACCUUCUCCUCUUCCUCACCUGCUCUUGGGGGAAUCGGCUGGGGGAAAGUCAGACUAGAUGACGGGAAUCUUCCUUUGGAGACCUGCGAUCUUCAUCGAAAUGGGCUUCCAUUUGUAGAGAAGCUGGAAUUCUUGGAAUCAGCCCAUUUUAAUUCAGAAAUCACUGGUGAAAGGUGGCCAUGCUCCAUCACCACCAGUCGUGGCAGGUGUGCUCUGGACAGAGAAGAAGGAGGUUACCUCCCAUGUUCCAGCUGUGGUGUAUGUAUGACGGUGGCCAUUUUUAACAAGGGAAUGCGGUCUUUUCCGAGAGGGGAAAAAAAGAAAAACCUAUCGUCACGAUCAAAACCCUCCAGAGACUCUCAUUUCUACCUUGCAAAAACUCAGCCAUUGCUGCCAGCGCAUAAGGAUAAGCUCCUGAAAAUGUGACAGUGGGCCACUUUGGACAUUUUUAAAGUAAUGAGUACAGAAUUCAGCAUCCUGAGAAUUUUCUGUUUUUAUUUUAUUUUUAAAAGCCAAGUUUCUAGCCCUUACGGCUGAGAGGAUAAGCUCAAGGAUCUGUGUGGGCCAUGCCUCUGAAACUGUCAGUGUUUUUGGGCUUGACUCUCACCCUGACUUAUGGAGCAAUUAUGCAAAAUAAAGGAUAUGCCAUACA